AGAAGACGCCAAGGCCAAACAAGUGGCUGUGCCACUCCUCUGCCCCUAGACUGUUGGCCCGGCCGGAGCUCCGGCAAAAGGAAUGGCCCUGCUGCACCCCGCCCCGGCUACUUCCCUCCCCACCUGCCAUCACCGCCAGAACGCCGGCGUGCUCAUCCAGCAGCCAUCCCGCCGCCGUUUCCGGCUGAACGCGCAGAGAAAGCCCGGGUCCACGUCCACGAGCCCGCGCACCGGCACGCCCUCCGGCUCGGAGUCGGACAACGUGGUCCUGAAGGCCGCCUGGUACGGCUCCGAGGCCCUCGGCAUCGCCGCGUCUUUCUUCCGGCCGCCGUCUCCGGAGGCGGACGCCGGUGCUGCAGACGACGGCACGUCGGAGUCCCAGCCCGUUGGCCGCGCGCAGGUCGCCGAGGCCAUCAAGGAUGACUUCGCGCGGUCAUACUUCGUCACAGGGAACCUCACGCUCGGGGCGUACGAAGACGACUGCGAGUUCGCCGACCCGGCGGGUUCAUUCAGAGGCCUGCAACGCUUCAAGAGGAACUGCACCAACUUCGGGUCCCUGCUGGAGAAGUCCAACAUGAAGCUGACCAAAUGGGAGGAUGUCGAGGACAAAUCGAUCGGGCACUGGCGUUUCAGCUGCGUCAUGUCGUUCCCGUGGAGGCCCAUUCUCUCCGCAACCGGGUACACGGAGUACUACUUCGAUGCCGAGUCGGGGAAGGUGUGCAGGCAUGUCGAAAACUGGAAUGUCCCCAAGAUGGCGCUCCUGCGGCAGAUAUUCAGGCCGAGCAGAUGGGUAUGGGAGAAAGAGAAACGCUAGAACGUGAGCGAAGAUCCGUCCGCCUAUGCUCAGGUCACGUCAGGAGGGCAAAGGGGCGUGGCGAGUUUGUUGCCUCCUUUGUUGUUCGUUUGGUACUCACAGAGUGUAAUCUAUUCGAGUUCCAUAUGAUCAAAUCUCAAAAGAGCCCCAUCAGCAAAUCGCUUAGACUCUAUAAUAGUGGAGUACACCACAUCGUACUAGGCCAGGAUUUUAUUUUUUUUUAUAAAAUUCAGACUCUUUCAUCAUCGUUUUUUUUUUGAGUUCAUCAUCGAUUUUCUUGGAAACCUAUGGAAUUCUGGAAACUUCUUGACCUCGACCGAAUCGUGCUAUAAGUUGUCCCGGCCCACUGUUCUGAAUAGAGGCCCGGCCCAUACUGGACAGUCACGGCCUUUUAGGGUUUCCUCGCGGCACGCCUUUAUAAAUAGGAGAUCAGGCGAGUGUUUCAGGGCAAGCACAACUGGCGGCGUCGGCCGUCGACUGCAGUAGCCGCCACCUCUCCUCGGCUCCCAAUUCCAUUGCUUCUGUAAAUUUUCUACGCUCCUUCGAUUUUGCUUUGCGCAUCUCGCUUUUUUCACUGUCGCCAUGGCGUAUGUAUCAAAGGAUGAGCAAAUACUGCAACAAUAUGAUCCAUGAUCUGAUUCUUAGUAUUUAAGUCUCUGAUGAUCUCUCUGCCGUUGCGAUUUCUCUCUAUUGUUUUUCGUUUCUGCAUAUCUGGGAUGUGAUGAAGAAAAGUUGGUCCGUGUUUCUGAUUUCUUAUGACUGAUUACCAUACUUAAUAGACUUCUGAUCCCUCGUUUUUUGUUCUUCCUUUUUCUAUUUUAUUUCUAAGAUCCAUGCCAAUGCGAUGAUGAAUUAUGAAUUUUCGCAUGUCAGACUUCAGAGAUGCCUCUGGCGUCCAUGAGAUGACGUAUCAUAUGACUGAGCAAUGUAUUACAAUGGUUAAUUGUUUCUGCAAUGCCUCGCUUGUUCCUUACAACUGUCAACGCUUUUGCAAUUAUACACGUUGGACAUAACAAUAAGACAAUGUGUGCCGUUUUAUCCACAUCGGAUGAACUGGUCUGAACUUUAAAUGGAAGUGAGGACCCUUUCCCCAAAUGAUCGACUAUGAUUAUACUGUGCGCAACUGUAAUCCUUUAUCAGAGGAUUCCAAGCCAGAAGUCUGAUCCAUCUUGCUUAAUGUAUUUUAUCUUUCAGAUUUGUGUUUGUUUCAUUUAUCACAAGUUGAAUGGAUAUGAGGAUCCUUUCCCCAAAUGAUCGACUAUGAUUAUACUAUGCGCAUAUGUAAUCCUUGUCAGAGGGUUCCAAGCCAGAAAUCUGAUCCAUUAGUUUAUCUUUUAUAUUUUUCUUUGCUUGUGCCAUGUCAGAUUUGUGUACUUGUUUUCGUUCUUGUGUUCUUGUUGCAUAAAUUUGAGGAGGAUCUGCGCUCAAUGUAUUAAUUCCCUACAAUUUAUAUCGUUGGACCUGAAAAAUAAUUGUUGUUGCAUAAA